ACAAACUGUCAAAGUGUUAGUAAAUAGUGAGAAGGGCAGCGUGUUGCUGUGUACAUUUACGUGUGCUGUCACCGGUAACAAGGACAAAUGGCAGGUAAAGUCGACGAAGUGUUAGUUUCAUCUGCAAAGUUACUGGAAAUCCUCGCAGGUACCACAGAUGGCGAAGAAGAAGAAAAGUUGGUCGCAGAAUAUAUAAGGACACUAAACAAUAAUGUUCGACUGGAAGAUUUUAAAAAUAAUCUUGAGUGGUUCAAUACCAGCAAGUCACUAUCAUUGUAUGAUGACCUGAAGGGAAAAGUAGUUGUACUUGACUUCUUCACAUAUUGUUGUAUUAACUGUUUGCACAUACUUCCUUAUUUGAAGACCCUGGAAGAUACAUGUUCUGUAAAGGAUGGCCUGGUGAUUGUUGGUGUACACAGUGCAAAAUUUAAUAAUGAAAAAGAUUCGGCAAAUAUUCUUUCCGCCUUGCAACGCUAUGAAGUGCAUCAUCCUGUCGUUAAUGAUUCUGAAGGUAUAAUGUGGAAUGACAUUGCCAUUCCAUGCUGGCCUACACUACUUGUGUUGGGUCCAUCGGGUGAGCCCAUUUUGGUGCAGGUUGGAGAGAGUGGUGUCGCAGUAGCACUGAAAUUUGUAAAAAUUGCUUUGAAAUACUUCAGAGAGAAAGGAUAUCUAUCAGAACACACCCUGCCUGUGACACCAGCGGCACAUUUACGCCCAAAGUGUAACAACUCACUAUUGUUCCCAGGAAAGAUCACUGUCUGUCACUGCUGCAAGGAAAAACCAUGUGGCACCAUUGCGAUUUCAGACACUGGCAACCAUCGUGUUGUUAUCAUGUCAGACUGUGGUAAAGUUGAGUCUGUGAUUGGUGGAACAGAGAAAGGCUGCUCUGAUGGCAUCUUUACAGAAGCCCAAUUCAACAGCCCUCAAGGAUUGGCAUUUCAAAGCUGUAAACUUCUGUUUGUUGCAGAUACAGAAAACCACUGCAUCAGAAAAAUAGAUCUCACUGCAUGCCAAGUGACAACUGUGGCAGGAACAGGCAAGCAGGGGCACGAUACAGCUGGAGGUGGCCUGUGGACACAGCAGUCCCUAUCAUCUCCCUGGGACCUCUGUCUUGUUCCUGGAAGAGAGGCAGAUGCACAAAAUGAUCUCAGUGUACUUCUUAUAGCCAUGGCAGGCACUCACCAGUUAUGGGCUCUGUUUCUGAGGGACACUGUGUGGUGGAAACAGCAGUUUUAUAAGGAGGGAACUUGUGUUGCCAUUGUGGGUACUGGGAAAGAAGAAAAUCGUAACAACUUAUAUCCUCAUGCAGCAGCUUUUGCACAGCCUUCUGGUGUGACACUCUCUCCUGAACUGCAGGCUGUCUUUGUGGCAGAUAGUGAGAGCUCAAGUAUUCGGAGAGUAUCAUUGGUUGAUGGAAAAGUCAGCGCUGUUGCUGGUGGCAGUAGAAGUCCUUUUGAUCUGUUCCAGUUUGGAGAUGUAGAUGGGAAGUUAUAUGAUGCUAAAUUACAGCAUCCUUUAGGAGUUGCUUGGUGUCCAAGGAAUGAAACACUAUAUGUGGCAGACUCUUACAACCACAAGAUAAAAGCUAUCUCAAUUUCAACUAAUUUCUGUAAAACCUUUGCUGGUAGUGGAAAAUCUGGUGACUCAGUUGGACCCAUAGGUGAUAAUUCGGUUCAGUUCAGUGAGCCAGGUGGGUUAUGUGUGAGUUCUGAUGCAUCAAGAAUUUACAUUGCUGACACAAACAAUCACAGUAUAAAAGUGAUUCACUUGGAAUCGGAAUUGCUUGAAAGAGUGGAUGUUCAUAUUUCUAAUAUGUAUAAGAAGAAGACAAGAGCACCAAGAAAUUGUGUCCAGACUAAAAUUGCUAAAAUACAUCCUAAUGGAGGAACAGCCAAACUGAAAUUUCUUGUUGGUCUUGAUGAAGGCUUAUCAUUGACUCCAGAUGCUCCCCAAAAAUGGGCACUUGAGUUUCCUGAUGAGGAAUGGCAGUCCAAUAAUUUAAGUGGAGAAUACAAAAAAGAAUUAGAUGUUGAACUGACAGUACCAAAAGCCAAAGAAAAUCAAUCAACAUCUGCAGUAAUGGUUUUUCGGAUGUACCUUUGUAGAACUAACAAUGAGUGUCUUAUGAAGAAUCUACAGUUUCUGUGUACUGUUCAUUAUGAUACUGCUGCACCCACAGUAAUUAGUGACAGUUUCAAAUACAUAGUAUCAUAACACUGUUAUAUAGGUAAUCAAUGUGCACUUAUUUUGUUGCUUAUUAACAGUGCAAUUCAGUUAUGGAAAUCCUGAAGACAUUAUUCCUUUUGAGGGAAACACACACAGAAAAUAUUUCCAGGUACUUGUAACUCACUGUUGAAGUAACUGUACUGUUCUACAGUACACCUGAUAAUAAUGCAGAAAGCAAAAACAUAAAAUAAUAUAUUUUUAAUCUGUACAAAUGAAUUUGUUAAAAAAUAGCAAAUUAGGUCAUGUCACAAAUUAUCAGUCUGUACAAUACUAUUUGUAUCUAGCACGUCAUUUAUGUACUCUGUUUCUUAUACUUUUCAUUGGCUGUCAAAUGAUUGUACAGCCAAUGUCACAUAUUAACUGAUGAAUUUUAAACUAAUUUAAAAAAAUGCUUUCAGUUAAGGUGUGAUUUAUACAAAAUGAAACAAAAAUAAAUGCCUCACAUCAGUUGCAAGCAGAGAAAGAGAAUGAAAAAAGAGGAGUUAAAUGACAUUUCUUGCAGCUGGAACUAAACAUGUAUUAAUUUCUUUAGGUGGCUUUGAAUAAAAACAUAAUACAUUUAAUAA